GCAGCUGCGGCGUUCACAUUCAAUGAACAAAAUAUAAAAUUAACGGAAUGUCGUCAUUCACACCGUUUAUCACAAGAGAGUGGAGUGGAUCUCUUUCUCAAGAUGGAAGUUAAUCAGGUAACAGGUUCCUUCAAAGAACGUGGUGCCAGAUGGGCAUUAUUACAGCUGGACGAGAAGGACCGCAAAACAGGUGUGUAUGCAGCAUCUGCAGGCAAUCACGCGUUGGCGUUGAGCUAUCAUGGACAACAACUCGGCAUUCCUGUGAAUGUGGUUAUGCCGAGACAUGCACCCAUCAUGAAGAUUGAGUCAUGUGGACGAUUCGGGGCAAAUAUUCGCGUUGAGGGUAAACACAUGGUUGAGUCACGCACUAUUGGAUUGCGAUUGGCAAGCGAAAAUCAUGGAAAAUACAUCAAUGGCUACGAUCAUGUUGAUGUGAUUGCCGGUGCUGGAACUGUAGGACUUGAAGUUAUCGAGCAGGUAAUGCAUGCCGAUGUAGAUGCCGUUUUAGUACCGGUUGGGGGUGGUGGUCUUAUUGCUGGAGUAUCACUGGCAAUCAAAUCCGUAUUUCCACGAGUGAAAGUUAUCGGCGUUGAAGCCGCUUCAUGUAGCGGUUUCAAGGUGCAUUCUUUGGAAGCUGGAAAGCCAGUACUGUCAACGUCGUUGGGAACGCUGGCUGACGGUUUAGCCGUUCCGUUGAUUGGAUGCAAUUCAUUUGCUACAGCCAAAGAUCACAUUGAUCGUAUGGUAACGGUGAGUGAAGAGGACAUAUCACUAGCGAUUCUACGUCUUGUGGAAUACGAAAAAGUAGUUGUCGAAGGAGCUGGUGCAGUUGGUAUAGCAGCGUUGCUAUCGGGUCAGUUAAAUGACCUAAAGGGCAAGAAGGUGGUAUCCCUAAUAACAGGUGGAAACAUCGAUUCGAGUAGUCUCGGAAAAUGCAUCGAAAGAGGUCUGUUACUCUAUUGCUUAAUUUCUUCUAAAACAGUGGUUCUCACAAGGAGUGAAAUUACCCAUUCUGGUUAA